AUGGAAGAGGAGGUGGGCCCCGGCGCGGACAUGGAGGCGCUCGUACGCCGCCUGAGGCUCCACCGCCCGGGCCCCUCCCCGUACGAACCCUCCGCCGCGGUGGCCCCUGCUCCUGGCGCCGGCGAACUGUUCCGGCCGCGGAGGGCCGCCGUUCUGGUUUGCCUCUUCCGGGGCGCCGCCGGAGAGCUCCGAGUCAUACUCACCAAGCGCUCCUCCUCACUCUCCACUCACUCCGGGGAAGUUGCAUUACCAGGUGGAAAGGCCGAGGAGGGCGAUGCUGAUGAUGCAGCAACAGCAUUAAGGGAGUCAAAAGAGGAGAUUGGGCUUGAUCCAGCUCUGGUCACCGUUGUUACAUCGCUUGAACAUUUCUUGUCCAAACAUCUUCUGGUAGUUGUUCCUAUUAUUGGCAUACUUUCAGACAUAAACGCAUUUAAGCCUGUUCUUAAUGCUGCUGAGGUGGACAAAUUUUUUGAUGUACCCCUGGAGAUGUUCCUCAAGGACGAGAACCGGGCAUCUAAUGAUCUAGAAUGGAUGGGGAAGGAAUUUACAAUCCAUCACUUCAGUUAUGCGAAAGGGGACGAGAAGUACAUGAUUUGGGGUCUGACGGCUGGCAUCCUGAUCCAUGCUGCUUCAGUUGUUUACCAGCGACCACCAGACUUUGCAGAGAAAAGGGCACAGUUCAACUUGCCAAAGUACUCAAAGGAAUGCCGUUCAAUGCCACGACAAGAGCCUGAGCACUAA